GACAGGGAGGGUGGUGGCAAGCGAGGGAGCGAGCGAGCGAGGAGACGGAGGGAGGGGGCAGGAGGAGAGUGUGCAGGAAAGGGAGCUGCGUAUGAAAGAGAAUGGUAGUUAUAGAUUUUUGUUGUUGCUCUCUGUGUUUUCGGGGCGCCGAUUUGAUCGGCAGGCAGCCGGGUGGGUGUCGUGGCCAGUUGCUGACUGACUGCAUCACGCCGGGGAGUGGGAUUGUUGCUGUUGCGGAGUAGGAGGCCGAAUGAAGCAGGAAAAAGCGGGAGCAGCAGGACAGGGACCAGUGCGGCAGCAACAUUGGGUUGGGAGCGAAUUCUUCCUAGAGUUGGUUGUGUGGUGAGCACACUAGAAAAUUUCCGGUCACAGCAGAUUACGGAGGAGCGGCAAGAAUCAGGAUUGUGACUAGGCUGCUGUUGUUGCUAUUCGCCGGGUCGUCUUCUUUUGUCGUGCGCGCGGAAGCAGACGGGGCGUGGUGCUGCUGCAAUUCGCAUUCGGCAGGGUUUAGUUUAUUGGUCUCGACGAACAGGAUAGAAAUUGCGUAAUUGAAUCCAGGUUCAGCAGUAAGCCAAGCAGGCGGCAAUCAUGAACGAUCUUUUAGGGGAGUCCGGUCGCCACUCGACUUCAGCUCAAGACGUUACCGGGAACGGUAGAGAGAAAAAUGGCAAGGAUAAUAAUGAUCUUGAGGCAGGACCAUCUGGAACGCCGGAUGGUGGAGCAGACAUGCUUCAGUUUUUCAACGAGGUCGGUGUCAUUAAGACUGACAUGGCACAGAUUCGAAAAAACUUGGCCAAGCUUCAGGAUGCUCACGAGGAGACUAAAACAGUCACAAACGCCAAGGCUAUGAAAGCCUUGAAAGAGCGAAUGGAGAAGGACAUUGAUGAAGUGAGCAAAGUCGCACAACACAUUAAAGGGAAAAUUGAAGCUCUUGAUAAAUCGAAUAUAGCAAACCGGAAGAAACCAAACUGCGGUGAGGGCUCAAGUACAGAUCGCACUCGGAUGUCGAUGACUGCGACCUUGAAAAAGAAGCUGAAAGAGCUGAUGACUGAAUUUCAGGCAUUGAGGCAGAAGUUCACUGACGAAUACCGCGAAGUGGUAGAAAGACGUGUUUUUACAGUAACUGGACAGAAGGCUGAUGAAGGGACCAUUGACCAGCUGAUAGAAACUGGGGAUAGUGAACAAAUUUUUCAGAAGGCCAUUCAAGAACAAGGGCGAGGCCAGAUUUUGGACACAAUUGCUGAAAUUCAAGAGCGACAUGAUGCCGUGAAGGAUAUCGAGAAGAAACUUCUGGAACUACACCAGAUAUUUUUGGAUAUGGCCGUACUAGUUGAGGCACAGGGAGAGCUGCUCGACAAUAUCGAAACUCAGGUAUCAAAAGCCGUGACAUAUGUCCAAGAGGGUACAGUUGCGUUGCAGACAGCCAAGAAGCUGCAAAGAGGCACCCGGAAGUGCAUGUGUAUUGCAAUUAUAUUGUUACUUAUCAUCAUCAUCAUCAUAGUCGUUGCGGUCGUUCAGCCUUGGAAAACAAACAAAGCAUGAUAAAGCUCUGGGAGUUUGUAUCCUGUGUUUGAAAUUGCUAUCGGCCCAUCUUGUAUCUCAUUCGGUUGGGUGUACAGAAUUCUCGUGUUGGAAAUUUUCGAGUUUACUAACCUGCAGAAAAUGCUAUGUUAUUUUCUUUAUCUUCCUCAUGAGGUUGGUUUUGACAGGUUGGGCUUUUAGGUUGGAUGGUAUUUGAAUGUAGAUCUUCCGGGAGGCAUUCAUUGUAAAGGAAAUUGCCCAUGUAAAGCAUAAGGAAUAGCGCAUGGGCAGUCGAUUCUUUAAUAAAGUGUAUCAAAUUAUUCUUUCCACCAUAUCAAACGAUAUAUGGUGUAAACUCAGGUGUUGGAUAAAUUAACCGCCCAGGUCUGCAAUGUAGAACUUUACUGUAAGACGAGGACAUUUGGCGCUGAUUUUUUCACACAGCUAUUCUGUUUC